GUCAGGCGGGAGGCCGGCGGCCAGGGGCUCCCAGGUCGUCGCCCCUUGCAGGGGGGCUGCUGCUGCCUCAGGCCGGGACGAGGAGCAGGCUGUCGCCGCCCGAGGAGCUCGCCCGGAGGGGGCUGCCAGGUCCUGAAGAAGCUGCUCUGCUGGAAUCGAGGGCUUCUGGGGUCUCUGUCGCUGGCGGAGUGUCAUGGGAGAGGGCCCCUGCUGCCAUUGCCGCUCUCUGUUUGAAAGGUCCUGUGGAACUGCCCCACUGCUGCCGCCGCAUCGCCCUGUUCCCCUGCGAGGACUUUGAGGAGGCCGGGAGGCAGAACUCGAGCCGCAGCCCGUGAUGGUGGGAGCCAUUCCCAGGCAGCCACGCCGCUUCUGGGGAGUGCCAGGGUGGAAGAUCUCGCCUGCCGGUUACGCCAGCCACCGCCUGCUGCUGGAGGGGGAGCCCAGGUGGAGGAAGAGGACGAGGGACCCUUUGCAGAGGGAUGCAGCCAUGAAGCACACUUCAUAGCAGGGCCUUUCUCCAGGCUCCCGAACCCCUUGCGGCACUUUAGCACCCUUCCCUGCCCCAUCGCACCCCAUGCGGCACAUCAAUGCAGAGUCGGCCCUCCCCCAGGAGCGCAGUGCAGGCACAAGCCGGGAGGAGGAGCAGGAGGAAGAGGAGGAGGCGGAGGAGGAGGGGCCCCUCCCCUGGCGCCGCCACCGCGGGGUCCUGAUGGGCUGCGGCCCCCCGGAACGCGCCUGCCAGAAGGUCUACCAGGUCUCCAUCUUCUCCCCGCCGGCCGGCUGCUCCCCCCCUCCGGAGCAGAGGGCCCCCGGGAGGCAGCCCAUCAAGCGCCCCUGCCCGGAACCCCAGCGGGGGACGGAGGGGGCCGAGUGGAACGCCAAGAGGGGCCGCUGGGAGGAGGGGGACGAGGACAUUGAGGAUGGGCUGCUGGUGGACGAGCUCUCCCUGGGGGGGGCCGCCCAGCACUUCUCCCACAGCGGCCUGCGAGUGGUGGAGCACCGCCCCGAGACCAGCCCCCCCAGGUCACGAGGAGGGGGCGCCCCAGCGCAGGCCCCGCACACCCCUUGCGACACUUUGCACACGGCGAAGAGAGGCUGCGCCCCCGCCUCGCCGGACCCUGGCCCCGCCGGGGGGCAGGAGGAGAACGGGGGCCCCACGGACCAGGGGGCCACUGGCCCCAGCUGCCUCCUGGGCCCUGGUUUGCACAACCUUGCACAUCAGCCCCAGCCGGGGGACGCGCUCCUGGAGGCCCCCGGAGGGCACCUAGAGCCCGGCACUCCGCCGGUGGCUCGAGGCUCGGAUGCCAAUGGGCUGGGCUCUGCCGAAAAGACUCCGCACCCCGGCUGCCGGCUGCUUGGAGGAGGAGGUGCCGGCUGCUGCCCAGCUAAGCGGAAGUUGCUGCCCUCCUCGGCGGAGGGGGCGGCUGAGGCGGAGGGCUCCGAGGACGAGGGGCAGCCCCCUGCCCGGAAGAAGAAGAAGAGGGCCCCGCCCUGCCCCCCCGUGCCAGCCUCCUGCCGCAGCACCGAUGCCAAGGGCGCCCCGUUCUGGAACCACCUGCUGCCUGUGGCCAAGGGCUCGGCCACCAGCGGUUCUGCCGGCUGCCAGCUGAAGGCUGGGCUGCGCCUCAAACAGAGACAUCUCCGCAGCAGCCUGCCCAGGAGCCCAGCGGGCUGCAGGCCCCCCAGCGCCACCCCCUGGGCCACCACCUCCACCAGCCGCGCCCUGCUGGGGAACUUUGAGGAGUCCAUCCUGAAGGGCCGCUUCCCGCCGGCCGGCCAGAUCGAGGGCUUCACGGCGGAGAUCGGGGCCAGCGGCUCCUACUGCCCCCAGCACGCCACCCUCCCCGUGGAAGUCACCUAUUUCGACAUAGCGGAGCACAGCGCCCCUUCGCCCUUCCUGGGAGUCAUUGAUUUGGAAUCCUUGGGGAAGAAGGGCUACAGCAUCCCCAAAACGGGCACCAUCCAAGUGACCUUAUUCAACCCCAACAAGACGGUGGUGAAGAUGUUCCUGGUGACCUAUGACCUCCACGACAUGCCCGCCAGCCACAUCACCUUCCUGCGCCAUCGCAUCUUCCUGGUUCCCGUUGGCGAGGAGGGGGAGCAAGGCCCCAGCCCAGCCCAGAGCGAGGUUCCCAGGAGGGUCCUCUGCUACCUGAUGCACCUGAGGUUCCACAGCUCCAAGUCGGGGAAGAUCUACCUGCACGACAACAUCCGCCUGCUCUUUUCCCGCAAGUCGAUUGAGAUUGAUUCGGGGAUCCCCUACGAACUGAAGUCCUUCACCGAACUCCCGCGCAACCCCUGCUACUCCCCCCGAGCCUGAGGGAGGACGGAUGGACGUGGGGAGAACCCCACCCGGAGCCAACAGGGCUUGGGCAGAUGAAGGAGGAAGAGGAAGGGUCCUGAGUGCGAGAGAUGAACUGGGCUCAUAGUUUUUUGUCUGCCUCAAGAGAGAGGCCUGCGCCCAGCCUGGAUCUCAAAUGCAGUGCUUCUCAUGCUCUAGUUCCGGUGCCCUGUGCGGUUUGGCAGGGGGUGGGGGGAAGAGGAAC